GGGAGCUCCGACGCGCGGACUGCAGCGGGGCCUCCGGGGCUCCCGGGCUCCGAGGCUCCUGCCGAGGCCCGGCCGGAGCGGGCGCAGAGGGCUCCGGAGGACUCCCGGGGCCUCGCAAACUUUUCCGCCUUGGGCUCGCGACUCGGGACUGAGAGUCACCCAGUUCGCCCAGGCAAAAGGUCUCCUGUGGAAGAUGGAACUCUGUCCAUUUCCCAGAAUGUGUGUCCAAGUCCAUCAGUGGAACCUGAUUCUGCUGUUCUGUGUGGAGAUGCUCGAAGAGGACCCACGUCUCUGCCUGUAUCUUCCAUCCUCCUGAAACCAUGGUUGUCUCAGCAGUUUUGACUGUGCCCCAUACUGGGAUGCCCAACAUGACAUUUGUAGUCUAUUCAAAUUCCCAUAUGAAUAUUACGGUCCCUCCACCAUCCCAGCAUCCCAGCACUGGUCCACUGCUUAGAUACGGUUUUGAAACCAUGACUACCACUGGUUUGAGUUCCUUGGCAGUGAAUACCACAGCUGUCACCCCAACACCAGCAGUUUUUAAGAGCAUAAACUUACCUCUCCAGAUCAUCCUUUCAGCUAUAAUGAUAUUUAUUCUGUUUGUGUCUUUUCUUGGGAACUUGGUUGUUUGCCUCAUGGUUUACCAAAAAGCUGCCAUGCGCUCUGCGAUUAACAUCCUUCUUGCCAGUCUGGCUUUUGCAGACAUGUUGCUUGCAGUGCUGAACAUGCCAUUUGCCCUGGUAUCUAUUCUUACUACCAGAUGGAUAUUUGGGAAAUUCUUCUGCAGAUUAUCUGCUAUGUUCUUCUGGCUGUUUGUGAUAGAGGGGGUUGCCAUCCUGCUCAUCAUUAGCAUCGAUAGGUUCCUGAUUAUAGUUCAGAGGCAAGAUAAGCUAAAUCCGUACAGGGCUAAGGUUCUCAUUGCAGUUUCCUGGGCAACUUCUUUUUGUGUAGCUUUUCCUUUGGCUGUGGGAAACCCUGAUCUGCAGAUCCCUUCCCGGGCACCUCAGUGUGUGUUUGGGUAUACAACCAAUCCAGGUUACCAGGCUUAUGUGAUUUUGAUUUCACUCAUUUCUUUCUUCAUACCUUUCCUGGUGAUACUGUAUUCAUUUAUGGGCAUCCUCAACACCCUUCGGCACAAUGCCUUGAGGAUCCAUAGCUACCCGGAAGGAAUAUGCCUCAGCCAGGCCAGCAAACUGGGUCUCAUGAGUCUACAGAGGCCCUUUCAGAUGAGCAUCGACAUGGGCUUUAAAACACGUGCCUUUACCACCAUUUUGAUUCUCUUUGCUGUUUUCAUUGUCUGCUGGGCACCAUUUACCACGUACAGCCUUGUGGCAACAUUCAGUAAGCACUUUUACUAUAAGCACAACUUUUUUGAGAUUAGCACUUGGCUGCUUUGGCUCUGCUACCUCAAGUCUGCGUUGAAUCCACUGAUCUACUACUGGAGGAUCAAGAAGUUUCAUGAUGCCUGCCUGGACAUGAUGCCCAAGUCCUUCAAGUUUUUGCCACGGCUUCCUGGUCAUACAAGGCGUCGGAUCCGUCCCAGUGCUGUGUAUGUGUGUGGGGAACAUCGGACAGUGGUGUGAAUAUUGGACCUGACUGAUAUUUUGGGUGUCGAUGGUUCUUUAGUGACUGAAACUUUUUUCAUAUGGCUUCUAAGCUUAGAGUUUAUUGUUUUUUAUAGGGGCGUGUGUAUGUAUGAGUAUUGUAAAGAAAGAGUGGUAAGUACUUAAUGAGUCCUGUAACCAGGGAUACCCUGUAGGAAAGUGGUUACAAAUGUUACCUCCAAUGUCAAAAAAACUCUGAUUUAGAGUGGGCAGGUGGGAUUCUUUUUUGUUUAGUUGGCUGAUUUUAUUUUUGUAGCAUGAAUCAGGAUUGUACUUUAUCGAACCUGCAGUUAACUUGAAUUGUAAGUAGUCUUUAUGCUGCUAAGGUAUGCUUGGUUGAGUUUAUCAAUCCCUUUCCCCCCCUACAAGACAUUGCUGCUCUUUGCCAUCGCAUUGGAGUCAGAAUCCCCAUGCAUCUCAGUUGGUAAAUACUCAGUUUUAUUUAAAAAAUCCAAGGAGGUUAGUGACAUUUUAAAGGUCAUUACUAUUUACUUUGGUGCACUUUAAGAAUGUACAAAUUAAUUCAGUCAUAUUUGUUUUAACUGCAUGUACAAUUUUAAAAGAGAGCAUAAACCUGUAGGAAGUUUUCUAAGCACAAUACUGAGUCUUCAGAGCAAUGAGCAGAAUGAGGGGAGCUGGUACAGGUGUGGCAAAGGUUCUCCCCAGGCUUAGGGAGAAGGGGCUGCCACCUGUAUACCAGGCCCUGUGUACAUUUAUCCUCAUGGUAGCCCUGUGAGGGAGGUACUUUUUUUUUUUUUAAACAAAUGAAGAAAGCCAACUCUCAGAGGAUCUACAGUCUUGCCCAGGGCUUCUGGUAGAGCCGUGAUCCCAACGUCUGAGAAGCUGAGACUGUUGUUGCACUGUGCCACAUGGACACUACUUUCAUCUUGAAUGUUUAAUAGUCAAGGGGAACUUUGCAUAUCUUUUUCUUUUUUUUUUUUUAAGACAGGGUCAUAUGUAGCCCAAACUGGCCUUGAAGUUUCUAUAUAGCUGAGAAUGACCUUAAACUUCUAAUCCUCUUGCCUCCA